AUGCCCUCUUUCUUACGGGUGGCCGCUUGCCACGCCUCUCCUGUGUUUCUUUCCGCCAAGCAAACAACAGACAAAGCUCUCACUCUCAUUCGGCAGGCCGCCAGAAAUAAGGCCAACCUCGUUGUCUUCCCCGAGACUUUCAUCCCAGCAUUCCCGAUAUGGAGUGCAUUGCGCCCACCAACCGAUAACCAUGACCUCUUCAAGCGGAUGGCCCUGGAAUCUGUCUACUCUGAUGGCGCUGAAAUCAACGCCAUCCGCAGGGAGGCUAAGAGUCUCGGCAUUAUAGUCAGUAUUGGGUUCUCCGAGAAAGUCCGCUUCAGCAGCGCGACCUUGUAUAACUCGAAUAUUAUUGUCGGCGGCAAUGGCGACGUUCUAGUACACCAUCGGAAGCUUAUGCCGACCUUCUUCGAGAAGCUUACUUGGGCUCCGGGCGAUGGGCAUGGGCUACGUCUUGCUGAUACGCCGUUUGGAAAGAUCGGAAACUUAAUCUGCGGCGAGAAUACAAACCCCCUUGCCCGAUACACCCUCAUGGCCCAGGGAGAGCAACUCCAUAUUUCGACAUGGCCCGCCAUCUGGCCAACAAGGGUUCCCAAGCCACCAUCUAACCAGGACGACACAUCUUCAGCGGGAAUGGUACAGACAUCGACUGUCUCUCGGGGCGCAAACUACGACAAUGUCGCUGCCAACCGAGUUCGUGCAGCUGCGCACUGCUUCGAGGCGAAAUGCUUCGGCGUUCUUUGCACAGGAAAGCUAGGACAGGACGCCAUCAACGCGAUAUCAUCAAGUGCUAGCCCCGAUGCAAUCCGGGCUCUGGAAGAGGCUCAGCAAGGCGCCACUAUGUUUUUGGAUCCGACAGGAGCACCGCUGCCAAGCUUUGUGUUUGAGCAGGAAUCUCCUGUGCCAAAGGACCUGUUGCAGGACACAGAGGGAAUUUUAUACGCCGAUAUGGACCUGGAGGACUGUAUUGAAGGCAAGCAGUAUCAUGAUGUGGUUGGCGGAUACCAGCGACUGGAUGUCUUUGAUUUGAGAGUUGAUCGAACUCGGCGCGACCCUGUCCAUUUCGUUGAAGAUGCUCCUCCAGCACAAUCAAAGGGUCAAGCAAGCAGACCAUUGGGAUCUAGAAACCCAUUGACCCCUUGA